AAGAAAACGCCCCUUUUUUUCAUCGAGAUUUCCGGCCCGUCGCAGCAUCGAUCAACGUGACCAGAGUAUCCCGCCGAGUUCCCCCCGAGAACAACCAUCGUUUAAAUAAAUUUAAAAUCGUACCGAAUUAGAAAAGUGGAUUAAAGUGAAAUUAUAAAUUAAAGUGAAAUGUAAACCAAAAUUCAAAGUAUAUAAACAACGCAUAAAUCAGAAACUAAUCGAAUUAAAAAUUAACUUACUUUUAAAGAAAAAAUCAAAGGUCUGUCGAACUAUUAUUUAAAGCAGAAAAAACUCGUGGGCAGGCAAAGUUAGACAAUAACGGCACAGAGUGGCAGCAGGUCGCCAAUUUUUUGAAACCACGUUUUGAAGCAAACGUCAUGGUAUUUGAGGAUAAAAUAUACGUUUCUCGUGGCUUGUCAGCUGCAGGAACACCACUUGCCGAUUGUGAAUGCUAUGACGCAGUGAGCAAUACUUGGACACAAUGUGCUGAUAUGCUGGAACCACGCGGUAAUGUUGGUUUGACAAUAGCAAAGGGGCAAAUUUAUGUGUUAGGCGGUACAAAAAGUGUUCUUGGCGUUUGUGUGCAAUCUUAUGAUCCAUUCAAAAAUGUGUGGACAAAGAUUUCUCCAAUGAAUAUUGAACGUAGCAACACAUGUGGCUUAUAUCUAAACGAACGCAUUCUAGCCAUUGGCGGUCUGGCAAAUUCAAAGGAUAAUUAAAUAACAACAUUGAGGCGCCGAAGUUGUUCAUCUUGCUUCUGAUUUGAUUAAGGAGGCAUCAUUAGGCUGAAAUUACAAUUUAACAUUUUCAAUAUUGUGAUUGUUAACUUAUACAUUUUGAACGUACGCAAUAGCACUCAAUUUAUUAUUUUGGAUGUAAAAUAAUGUUUUAAAAUAUUCUAAAUUGCGUCGUCAGUUUGAGGAACUUAACGAAAAAUGUUAUAAAAACUACAUAAUCAAAGUAAAAAAUAAUAUUAUUCGUAAUCCGAAAUUGUUUUAUGGUUUCGUUAACUCCAAACGCAGGAUUUCUAAUUUUCCGUCCGCGAUGAAAUAUAAAUCAACAAUGUCAUGUGACAAUUAUAUUAUUUCUAAUAUGUUUGCAGAAUUCUUUAAAUCCAAUUAUUGUUCAAACUACUCUAUGAAUGUGCCAUAUCAUCAAGUGUUAUGUCCGAGUACUGUAAUUAAUACACCAAUUAUUUCUGAAACAUAUGUCUUCAAUUAUUUAGUUACGUUAAAAAAUUUGUUUAAAUAUGGCCCUGAUAUGAUUCCCUCAAGCUUUCUUAAAAAUUGCGCAAAAUAUAUCUAUCUGCCCUUAACUAAGCUUUUUAACCUAUCUCUUAAACAAGGUAUUUUUCCGUCAAUGUGGAAAAACUCUUUUAUAUUACCUUUGCAUAAAAGUGGAGUUAGAUCAUCUGUUGAGAACUAUAGGGGGAUAGCUAAAAUGUCAGCUAUACCCAAACUUUUUGAAGCUGUUGUCACUGACCAAAUAACUUUCUUAAUCUCUCCUUUAAUUUCAUUCUCUCAGCAUGGAUUUUGUAAAGGGAAAUCUACAGUAACAAACUUGCUUGAAUUUGUAAAC